CCUGCCAAGACCAGUUCAGUCUGGGAUAGCGCACAAACCAUGAUCGGCUCGUCACAUUUUUUUUUCUUUUUGUUUUUGUAAGCACGAGCCAGCAGUGAUGAAGACCUCGGAGUCAGCGGUGACUGAUUGCGCACGGUCAGUCAGUCAAGGUGCUUAAAUUUUGUGCCUGACUGUGGUGGAUCGAUACCUCUAAGACCCAUAUUCUACGUGGAAGGCGUGGCUUGGUGUCAUCUACACAGGCUGACUUUUCCAUAUUCAUCCCUAGGUUUUUUUUUUUUCUUUCUUUCUUUUCCCCCUCGUCUCACUGACGCGCAAUCGGUACCCAACGGCACGGGGCAUAAAUCGUCUCGCAAGGAAAUUGCAAAAAGUUAAUGAUAGCACAGCGUGCAUCCGUUUCCAUCUUUGGAUAUACGGCAAUAUUUGAAGACUGAAGCAGUGAGUCCGCCAUGGGAACUAACCCAAAAAGGACAGUAACAGUCCAGAUGGUGCCUCAGCUGGCUGGGGUGGACACACUGGGCAACAAGGAGUCUAAUGCCAACUGGGCUAAAGAGCCCAACCUCAAAGUCUCUCAGGUUUGUCCAAAACCCACCCUCAGAUCUCCCGACAAGCAGGAUAACCUGUCUCUGACGACUGCUAACGCCGCCCCCCGCACAGAAAAAACAGGUUGUAAGGGAGGGGAACCAGUUACCACUGUGUCAGACAAAUCAGCUCCAGGCAAUGGAAACCAGAUAAAAUCUGAGCAAGUGUCAGGUGGAGACCACCAAACACCAAACCUGUCUGUAACAGGCCGAGAGGUGGGUGAGGCAGGAGCUGACCAGCGGGAUUCUAAUGCUAACAUGAAAACUCUGAGCCCAACCAGUGAAACGGGCACGUAUAAGGCCAGUUCGCUGUCUCCUGUUGCAGCAUCGGGCGCCGACACGAACAGCAGUGAGUACAAAGUAAAAAACCCAGUUGCACCAGAAGAGAAGCAGGUACGGCUGACACCCUCAGUAGAAACUACAGCACGAGAGAAAAGUAAUGAACGCCUUUCUCCGAAUGACAAAAAACGUAACGACAGUGAUGUAAGGAGUACAGCAUCUGAAGUACAAGAUAAUAAAGAAACCAUUUCCAAUCCCCAAAGCAGGGACAUGGCUAUCCCACAGAAAUCUAAAGAGACUGGUCAUAUGCAAGGUUGCUCAUCAACGUCUGUUUCUUUACAAGAUCCAUCAAAACCCAAGAAAAGCAUGGAAACUCCGCUAAGCUCAGCCAAAGCCCCAUCUGAGAGUAAAGAUGCAGGAGCUGAACCAACAAACGAAAACUCACGGUCAACGCGCCCAGAGAAGGAAUUUGCAACAGUAUCAAGACCGCAGGUCUCCUCAGAUAAACACCAGCCAGUGUCCUCACAGAAAGACUCAUCCUCUCUGCCCCAGGCGACAAAAAGCACGCAGGCAUCCGAGCAGGUGGCUGAAGGAAGCAGCCAGACUGACACAGCUGUCUUUGAAGGGCAGCGGGACUCCAAGCUCUACACGGAGGCUUCGACAAUGACCUCAUCGCUAUCGCCAGCCCCGGUCAAAAAGUGUCAUGAUAUGGAGGUUCAGGCAGUAGCUAAAAUGUGCAGUAAGGCUGUGGCCACGAGUCCUAGUCUGCUGCCUUUCCCUGUGACCCACAGGCCAAACAGUGGUGCAGUCCCAGGAGAGGAGAGCCUGGCUGUAGUCUACCAGGUGAAAAGCGGCACCGCGACUGAUCCGAAGUCAGAGAGACUCACUGUAGAGGCACAAAUGUGCCCCAACCAAAACACCGGCAUGGUUUUCCAAUCAGAAACUUUGUCACAACAGCAUGACUCCAGGCUAGGAGCCAAGCCUAAAGAAGCGGGCGCAGCUCUGUGCAACAUCCAGCCGGUUUAUCAAAUCAACAUUGAACACAGCGAACCCAAGAAGCAAGCCGCAAAAACAGCCACGGCUGAAACUCCUUCUCUCAGAUCAGGGAUGCCCCCAGAGACAGCCGUUGUUCCUGUGCCUGGAUGUGCUGACAGCAACACUGCUGCGCAGGCCCUGCCAAAAACAACGACAACAACGACAACAGCACCAACGACAACAGCACCGACAACAACAGCACCAGCAGCACCAGCAGCAAACACCACAUCCAAGUCAGAGCUCACUAAAAAUAGAGAUGUGAGUGCAAAAGAAAAAAGCAAAGAAGCAGGAAGUAAAGCCCAGAGUAAGGAGACAAAUUCUGGCAAAAAGAAGGUGGAACCGGAGAGAAGCGACAAAGAGGACGAUCAGUCACGGAAGCAGAAAGGAAAGAGCAUCCACGACGUCGUCUGGGACGAACAGGGCAUGACGUGGGAGGUCUACGGGGCUUCCGUGGACCCCGAAUCACUCGGCUUUGCAAUUCAGAGCCACUUACAGAGCAAAAUAAAGGAGCAAGAGAGGAAACUGAUGGUCCAGACCUCGCUGCGAAAGUCAAUCUCUGGUGCUGAUUCGCCGCGACAUGGCAGCAAGAACAAAAGGAGGCAGCAGAACAUUUUCAGGUCAAUGCUGCAAAAUGUCAGACGGCCCAACUGCUGCGUGCGCCCCCCUCCCUCCUCCGUCCUCGAGUAGCACAGGACAGAGGUAGCCAUUGUCAGACUCCUCCCAUUUCCUAGAGGUCAAAACGUUUUCCCUCCCCUCAUCAAGAUUUUCAAUGCCAAGUGAAACAUUGACGCCGAUCCCUGUAAGUAAGUAUACUGGAAUGUCGUAGCAUAAAAGAGUCAAUACUUGUGAUGAUGUUUGUGAUCCAACAAGGUAGGAAAUAGAAAUAUCAAAUGAAACAAACAAGAAUUAAAUUAAAAAAAAAACUUAUUUUUUAGAAAUCAAUAUGAGAGAGAACACAGUUUUUUAAUAAAAAUAAAGAAAACAAAACAAAGGAAAUAACAGUGAAACGCAUGUAUUUCAGUUACAGUGACAGUUGUAUGACCUAAUAUGAAGUCCAAACCUUCACAGCAAGAGGCACUGAUCAUGGGAUAGACAUACUAACUCACUGUCAGGAUAUCUGUGCAAAUAUAUUCAACCGACGUCUCAUCGCAUCUGGUGCAUUUGAUAUAUGUUCAUGAGGUGUUUUCGUUUGUUUCCAGGGCCCUAUAUUUAUCAGGUUGCUGUGUUUUCUUUUCUUUUUAGUGAGUACUUAAAGGGGGCACUGUAUGCAUACAUGUACGCUGUUCGAUCUCUGUUCUUCUUUGGUUUUCUAUUAAAGUAAG